CCUCCAAAUUUGUUCAGGGGGCUAAGCAAGUUAUUAGGAAGCUGAUUUGUUUAGUUGCAACAGAAGCUUUGCAAGAAAAAUCUGAAGAAAACAAAAUGGAUGCACCUAAAGAGAUAUUUUUGAAAGAUUACAAGAUGCCUGAUUACUAUUUCGACACGGUGGAUUUGAAAUUUUUGUUGGGUGAGGAGAAGACAAUCGUCAGUUCAAGAAUAACAGUCUUCCCUAGAGUUGAAGGAUCCAAAUUUCCUCUUGUUUUGGAUGGGGUUGAUAUGAAGUUGAUUUCGAUUAAGGUCAACAGCGAGGACCUCGAGGAGGCAGAUUACGUUCUGGACUCCCGCCAUUUGACGAUCCUAUCACCGCCAACUGGUUCUUUUACCUUGGAAAUUGUUAAUGAGAUAUAUCCUCAGAACAACACUUCUUUAAAGGGACUCUAUAAAUCAACUGGAAAUUUCUCCACACAAUGUGAAGCUGAAGGUUUUCGGAAGAUCACAUUUUACCAGGACCGUCCUGAUAUAAUGGCGAAGUACACAUGUCGCAUAGAAGCCGAUAAGUCAUUAUACCCGGUGCUACUGUCUAAUGGGAAUCUUAUAGAUCAGGGUGAUCUAGAGGGUGGAAAACAUUUUGCCCUCUGGGAGGAUCCCUUUAAGAAACCUUGCUACUUGUUUGCUUUAGUAGCUGGCAAGUUUGUAAGCAGAGACGAUGUUUUUAUUACUCGUUCAGGUAGGAAAAUCUCCUUGAAGAUAUGGACCCCGGCUGAAGACGUACCCAAGACCGAGCAUGCCAUGUAUUCUUUGAAGGCAGCUAUGAAAUGGGAUGAAGAUGUUUUUGGACUAGAAUAUGAUCUCGAUCUCUUCAAUGUUGUGGCCGUUCCAGAUUUCAACAUGGGAGCCAUGGAAAACAAGAGUUUGAAUAUUUUCAAUUCACAACUUGUCUUGGCAUCUCCAGAAACUGCUUCUGAUUCCGACUAUGCUGCCAUAUUAGGAGUGAUUGGCCAUGAGUAUUUCCACAACUGGACUGGCAACAGGGUGACAUGCCGUGAUUGGUUCCAGCUGAGCCUGAAGGAAGGUCUUACGGUGUUCCGUGAUCAGGAAUUUUCAUCCGACAUGGGAAGUCGUGCUGUAAAGCGAAUUUCUGACGUUUCAAAACUCAGAAACUAUCAGUUUCCACAGGAUGCUGGUCCCAUGGCUCAUCCUGUUCGACCACAUUCCUAUAUCAAGGUUAAUGGUUAUAUUUAUGUGAACUUUUCGUUGUUACAUGCUGGUGCUGAAGUCGUGAGGAUGUACAAGACCUUAUUGGGAAGUCAAGGAUUUAGAAAAGGCAUGGAUCUUUACUUCAAGAGGCAUGAUGGCCAAGCUGUUACCUGUGAAGAUUUCUACGCCGCAAUGCGGGAUGCGAAUAAUUCCGAUUUUGCUAACUUCUUACUAUGGUACUCUCAAGCUGGGACCCCUCGAGUCAAAGUUACAUCAUCUUACAAUUCCGAUGGUCGUACUUUUACUCUGAAGUUCAGCCAAGAUGUCCCACCAACUCCUGGGCAGCCAAAUAAAGAGCCAAUGUUUAUACCUGUUGCUCUUGGUCUGCUAGUCUCAGCCGGCAACGAUUUGCCUCUGUCCUCUAUAUAUCAUGAUGGGGUGUUGCAAUCUAUAGCUGAAAAUGAUCGGCCAGUCUACCAAACAGUCCUCAGGCUGACCAAGAAAGAAGAAGAGAUCGUCUUCUCUGACAUACCCGAGCGACCAGUUCCAUCUUUGUUUAGGGGCUACAGUGCUCCUAUCCGUCUCGAAACAGAUCUAAAUGACGAUGAUCUGUUUUUCCUUCUUGCCCAUGAUUCUGAUGAGUUCAACCGUUGGGAGGCUGGACAAGUGUUAGCACGGAAACUGAUGCUCCAAUUGGUGGCCGAUCACCAACUAAAUAAACCAUUGGUUCUUAAUUCGAAGUUUGUGGAGGGUCUGAGAUCCAUACUUUCUGACUCGAGCUUGGAUAAAGAAUUCAUUGCGAAAGCUAUAACUCUCCCCGGUGCAGGAGAAAUAAUGGACAUGAUGGCGGUGGCAGAUCCCGAUGCUGUUCAUGCCGUUCGAACUUUCAUCAGGAAGCAACUGGCCAAUGCAUUGAAAGCAGAGCUUCUCACUGCAGUAGAAAACAACAGGAGUUCAGAAGCAUAUGUGUUCAACCAUCCUGAAAUGGCGAGGCGUGCUUUGAAGAAUAUUUCUCUCGCAUAUCUUGCAUUAGUUGAGGAUGCAGAGAUUGCCAAUCUUGUGCUUGAUGAGUAUAAGAACGCCUCGAAUAUGACCGACCAAUUUGCAGCUUUGGUGGCUCUAGACCAGAAGCCAGGUGAAACUCGUGACGAGGUUCUCGCCGACUUCUACACCAAGUGGCAGCACGACUAUUUGGUUGUCAACAAAUGGUUUGCUCUUCAAGCCAUGUCAGACAUUCCUGGCAAUCUUGUGAAUGUUCAGAACCUCCUAAAUCAUCCAGCAUUCGACAUUCGAAAUCCAAACAACGUAUAUUCUUUGAUUGGAGGUUUCUGUGGAUCCAUCGUCAACUUGCACGCGAAGGACGGAUCUGGCUAUAAAUUCUUGGGAGAAGCUGUCAUGCAACUAGAUAAAAUUAAUCCCCAGGUGGCCUCUGGAAUGGUCUCUGUCUUCACGAAAUGGAAGCGUUACGACGAACACCGACAAAAGCUUGCCAAGGAACAACUGGAGAAGAUACUGUCUGUGAAUGGACUGUCUGAAAAUGUGUUUGAAAUUGCAUCAAAAAGCUUAGCAGCAGCUUGAGGAUAUCAUAAUAAUUCAUAAUAAUAUCAUCUAGAAAUAUGCUUGUUUGCUA